CUAAAAAAAUUGUUUAAAAAUGGAAAAUCAAGUGCGUAUAUUGAGGACAAACAAAGGAGGUUUCAAAUUAAACCACAAUGGUUUCAUAUACGAAAAAAACCGGGAGGAAAACAAUAAAUUCUACUGGGUGUGUGAACUACGCCGCAACGAUAAUUACAAGUGCAACGUUCGACUUAUAACCAAAUUAAAUGAUGCACAAAAUCAUGAAAUCAUAUCCAAACAGAUAAAAACCCACAAUCACGAGCCUGAUGCACUAAGAGAAAAGGUUCAAUGCGCCCGUAACAAAAUUAAAGAAAACGCAUUAUUAAAUCCUGAUAAGAAGCCAAUACAUAUUAUAUCAGAAUGCGAAUCUAUGACCACUCCAUUAGUGUUGGCUAAUCUACCAAAUAAAGUUAAUUUAAAACAAACAAUAUACAGACAGAGAAAACGAACAGUUUCGAUAACCGAACCAACAGAUAUACACUUUGAAUUAAAUAAAGAAUACUGUAUUCCAGAAACCGCAGAAGAUCAUAAUAUCCCUAACAAUAUAAUAAUAAUAGAUAAAAAGUAUGAUAAUGAUAGAAGAAUAAUAAUAUUCACAUCAAAGAAACUAAUUACGUUGUUAUGCAAGUCUAAGUACAUAAUUAUGGAUGGAACAUUUAAGGUAGUACCGAAGAUAUUCCAACAACUAUAUACCAUACACGGGUGUAUAUUUUCAGAAACAUUUCCUUGUGUAUUCGCAUUAUGUACCAACAAGGACAAAAAUACAUAUAGCAUAUUAUUUACAUUACUUGUAGAAUACUGCGAGGAAAACAAUUUACUGCUAUCACCAAAAUACAUUAUGAUGGACUUCGAAAAAACUGCACAUACGUGUGCCAGACAAGUUUUCGAAAAUACUACGAUAAAAGGAUGUAACUUUCAUCUUGGUCAAAUAAUUUAUCGCAAAAUACAAAAGAAUGGUCUUCAAAAACUAUAUGGAAACAAUGAAUCAUUUGCAUUGGAAAUUAAAUGUUUGUAUGCUUUGGCAUUUUUGGAAGAGUCAGAUAUACCAAUAUACUUUGACGAAUGGAAAAUAACAAAAACGUCACCAACAGGUAAAUGA